AGGAGGAGAAGAAUGUAGGGGAAACAACGAAAUAGAACGAUGCGUGCCCCAGAGGAAUGUGUGUAGCGCUUGUUCUGAGUUUGACACAGAUGAGCAUCAAGAUAAGUGGAAUGAAAGGUAGUUGCAUGAUAUGAACGAAGCGUAAGCCCUAGUUCUCUAGGUCAUGCCGUUCGUUCGUGCCAGCAACCUUCUCCUCUUUAAGAAUUUGCUCUGCGUACUUCUCGAUCUCGCUUAGAGGUCGUCGUGGCGUAGUAAAGGUCGUUACCAUGUCAUACGUGCUUUAACAUGUUGCUAUCAACAAGAUAAGUGGUUUACUGUGAUCAAGAAUUGUGUAAAGAUCAAUAUUAAAUCUGUGUCAAUUUGUUUCCUGUUACGGAUUUUUAUUGUAGUCUUUCCUAUUCCUUAACCUUAUGUCUGAUGUGUAGUUUUUAGUAGCACAUCUUCAAAAUGAAGUUUGGUGCCAUCUUGACGCGUUCUCGCGUACCUGAGUGGUCGCAGCACUACCUUGAUUACAAUCAAGCGAAGAACAUCCUGAAAGAGUGUCUUCGGAAGCAUAAACAAUAUCGACAGUUCUUAGCUCGGUCAGGCCAACAAUCGAGCCGGGAUGUCGCGGUGGCUCGUGGGCGCUUUGCCGGUGGUCGGGACGAUGUCUACCUGCCGGAUGCUGAGAAAGACAAUUAUGACGGGGCGAUGGACUUUUCAUUAUUCAAUGUUUCUUCGUCUUUUGGUACUGAAGAGGUUGACUAGCUCGUAGUUAUGCACAUCAAUACAUAGAAGACGUCAAUCAGUGAGAUCUUUAAUGUAUGAGAAACCUUUAUCAUAAACUUGCUAGCCUACUAACUUUACUGCCUAUUGUCUUCUCUAAGCACUAGAUCUAGAGGCAGGCUAUGACGCUGAGAACGGCAAAGAGGGUCGUGAUAGUGGAAGUUCCUCGGAUGAGGAGGGCGAAGGAGAAAACACCCGGCGGAAGCUCGAGGAAUAUCUUGCAGAGAAUGAAGAAAAUAUCGAUAUCCUCUACUAUUUCCUGGAGCCUUUUUACCAGUUCAUGGGUACUUCUACCGAUAUACCAUCUAUUUCUCCUAAGUCUCGCUGGUUUAGGUCUAUUACUAUUUUAUUUCUCCCUUUCUCGUUGUGCUAGUUGUCGAUGAUGAUCAUGAUGCUAAUCUUAUAAACCAAACUACUUACUUAAUAGAGGAAGAGGACUCGAGGUUGCUGCACUUUCUUUCUCAACUGUCACGCAGGUGAGCAGUGCCUGAAGGUUGACAAGCAUUACAUCCGGACUAUGUCUUCGCUGGCCAACCGACUAGAGGAGCUUUCGAGGGAGGCGAUGCAAGCAUCGGCGGAGGCCGCGCCACGCGAGGUCACCAAGACUAAUACGUUAUCGAUUGCAUCCAGUGCUCCUCCUGACUUGUUUUCCGAAAUCAAAAGAGAGGAGAGCAAGAACAUGACAGAAGUAGGGCAAGACUUGGAUCUUGAUUCUGCAAAGAACAAACUCGAUGACCUUGCUCACCAGUCUGGAUCAGGUGUCGUCGGACGCACGAGUCAAAAAGUAUUGCAAGAAGGUGUCGCAUUGACCGAAGAAGCAGCCAGCAUUCGACGUCUGUCCGAUGUGGCGCAUGGGCUAGCAGCUAGCCUCGCGAACGAGAUACAAUAUGAAGCGGAGGACCACGGCGAGAGCUUACCUCGGGACGUGGAGGGUGUUGUGCGCGACCUGAGCAAAGACUUACCAGGAGAGAAUUUUGCAGGACUACAUUAAGACAACUGGAACUAGAACCAAAAAAGGAGUAAUAAAUACCAACAAAAGAAUGCAUGUGCAUGAUCUUGCUUAUCCCGCAUCACCUACUUCGCUGUAACGUUCCUACUCAUCUAAGUAGAACGCCUGUUUGACUAGUUGUUAUUUGUUUUUGUGUUAUUGAAAACAAGAGUGAGUGACAUAAUGAUGCGAGUGCGCUGGUAGCUCGAAUAAGACAAGGCGUCGGAAAAGACAGAAGUACGGAAAACACGCGCGUUUAUGGAGGCAGUCUUCCAUGCCGCUCACCAUGACCAGCCAGAGUCCUCUUCCGCAACCGAGGAGACAAACCGCCGAAGUAUGGAGUACAUACUUGCUACAGGGCCCGAGGGAGUGGGAGCGGAUAAGACUAGCGUAUUCAAUACAGGACAACAGCACAGCAACAUGCUCUCGUCUGCAGCACAGGUUGCUAGGAGAAGUCGGACGAUUGGCGCUGGCGUUCGCAGCGAUCUUGAGGAACAUCUCGUGCCUAAAGGUCCGGAAGAUUCUCGUGGAAGUCUGCCUGAUCUUGGUGUGGCCGAUGAGGAUUUUUCCCCCGGUAUUCAUGGCCAGAGACCAGGAGGAGAUGAAGUUGCUACAGGUUCAUCAUUUGGGGCGCCAUUAGUCGCGGAGUCGUCUUUCAGCUCUCUCGCCGCUGGCGUAGCAGACAGCGCAGAAAAGAGCCUUCAAGUCGACGACUGGCAAAAAAAGCUAUCAACCGCUUCCGGCGAAGCACCUAGUGGAUCUGCAGGACGAGGGGUAUCCAAAUCGAGGAGGGCGCAAGUAGACCUUGUCCUGUUUCGCAUUAUGAAGGAGAUCAACAAGCUAGAGGACUUCUGUCGGCUCAACUACUCCGGCUACAGGAAGAUCAUGAAGAAGCACGACAAGAAAACAACACUUCAGACUCUUAGCGUCGUACUCCCAUUUCUGGCAGAGAACUACAUCUUUCCGAACUACCAGACACGUUUAAAAUCGCUGUCGGAUCAGGUGAAAAUGCUAGCGGAGACAAUGGGCGGGGUGUCUGUAGAAGACUACUGGAAGUUUCAAACCGGCGAAAGCUCAUCGGCAGGUACCGUAUAAUCUUGCUCAUCUGAGUACUUAGUUUUGAAAUGAAAGUGAUACUGAAUCAAUGAAACUAGGUGUCGUUGAAUACGUCGAAUCUCAAUUCCUCUGCAAAAAAACCUCCCAACAAACUCACAUCUCGUCAGCUUCCGAAAUGUAUAUCCUCGCCUUUUUCCUUGGUGUGGUGCUGAUGGCAUUGAUAGACCUGGUGGUUAUGGUAGAAAUACCCGCGACCAAUCCUGAAUUCGACGUUGGUGCGUUUUUCGACGUGUUCCCGCUAUUUCGCUUCAGCUUUAUGUUCAUUCUUGUGCUCUGGAUGCUCGGUUGGGUCACCUCAUUGUACGAGAAGUACUCUUAAGGCUUCAGGUAAUCCAUCUCCAGAAGCAUCUUGGGACCUUCCUCUAAGGGCAAAGCAAGCCCAGGAUGACGCUCAAGAUGAACUCCACGAAGCUCUAAAACUCCAUAAACUACAUCUUCCUCCUGGACAUCGACCCCAAGUGCCAAGUUCGCGCAGGCGACUUCUUCGGCUACGCGAGUAUUCACACGAUGGUGUGGAUCAUCUUCUUCGGAUUUUACAUCUACAUCUGUAAAUUCUCUCCACCCGCUCACCUGUACGAAGUGCAAAAGACAUUAAUACCCUUGAAAGAGAUGUCUUUAGAGGAGCAGGAGAGGAGUAGUAGAACAGGUAAUGUGUUGAAGAUGAAGGAAAGACCAGAUCUCUAUUUCGGCGAGAGAAGUAUACUACCACUAGAUGAUGCUGACUUCGUGCAUCUUCUCGCCCCUGAACAGCGAGGCCACGACCCAUUUUCUGGCGGCGAUGUCGUUGUCCACAUGACCACCCUUUCACCCGAGGGAGCGAGUCCAUUCAUCCGACUCGGACAACAGUACUACCAACUGUUACCUUUCGGAGUGUUGUUCUUCCAGAUCAUAUUCCUGUUUUUCCCAAGUGACGUGUUCCGACGGCGCUAUCGAACGCAAAUCUUGUCACUGGUUGGAGACGUGAUUACUGCAAAUCCCUGGGUCACCGUAACCUUCGGCGCGAACAUUGUCGGGGAUAUCCUGACAAGUUUCGUGAAGCCCCUGUCCGAUCUGCAGUAUACUGCGUGUUAUCUCACCUCCGCGCCGCCUGAGCAAGGCUCUGAAGCCGUGCAAACCUCAGCGGAAAGGGCAGUUAAGGCAGUUCUUGAUGUGAUCAAAUGAAGAAAAACAAAAAGUCAAUAUAUCAAAAGUGAGGAUGUAAGUAAGAAAUUGCAAGUAGGACGAGUGCUUUCAUCGAUCGAGUGGAAAAACAACCAGUAGAAAACAAUGUAACUCCACUAAAAAGGUAGAGGAAUUCUUUUUUGCAGUUUCUAAUGCAUCCGACGGAUUUCUCCAGCAAGGACACAAAGCGCAGUGCAACGACCUGGAAAAGUGGUUGGCCCCCUUUAUUUUGGCCUUGCCGUAUUGGUUCCGCUUGAUGCAAUGCGUCGCUCGAUUGCGCGCAGCUCGUGAGGGUGAGCGCAAGGACCUGGAGGCACAACGGAGCUACGCCAAGGAAAUGCUGCAAAAUAUAGAUCCAGAGCUUUUGCUCAAACCACCCGGAGAGUCAGCCGAUAACAAUAGACUCGGCACUAGCGUUGGUCACGAUAACCUUGGCGACAUGAAAGAGCUACAGCUGGGCAACGACGGGGAUAUGUUAGGAUCACUGCGCGCUCGGAGUAGCAAGACUGAUGACUCUGGAAACGAGCGAGCUCAUAGUGCAGUUUUUGAUGAAGCGGGACACCAUCUUCAUGCUAAUCUUAAGGCUAGGGAUAAAACAAGUCACACUCACAGUUCUAGUUAAAGAGACGCUGCUUCCAACAUUGAGCGACAGCUUCCUCUUUAUAUGGACCUAAUAAAGAUUCACUAAUCCACUAUCGUCUAGAACAACUGCAUAUAGGAUAGUUUCCGUACCACUCCCCAUUUGCAUUUAUAAAUAAGGUACAAGAACACCAUCUCACGUGGUCGUUGGCACAAGUCUCCUCCACGCAUCUCUAAGACCUGUCAGCACGCAUCCCUGCUAGACAUUGGCGGCAUUGAAGAGGCCACGUCGGACAGCACCGCGACCGGUUGGGGAGGACGCAUCUUCUUUCCAGGAACGCCAUCUGGAGGACACAUGGUGACGCCAGGAGGCCUGCUUGGCGCAGCUUCCAAUGUAUUUCGUGGUGACCUACAACAGCAGACUGGUUCACUAGGCAACAUGAAAACGAGAAUGCUACCCCGUUCGGUUUCGGUAACGCAAGCGGUAACAGAUUAUGGUUCAGUUGUUCUUUUUGCGCAGCAUGAGGAUGAGCAUGAAUGUUGAUUAGUUUGUGAUUUCACUAAAUCUAAGAUGAAAUUUUCGGCAUGUAAGUACCUUGUUGAGGAAGAUGCAUCAGUAUUAGCCUAUAUAAAGUACUUAGUUAUCUCGAUCUCGAUGUCGAUCAGUUCUAAGAAUCCAAAUCGGGAAAACUGGGUGAAACCUCGGAUGAUCAUGAGAACGAAGCAGAGGUGAGGCGGGCGGUAAGGGUGGAAGAUCCAAGAGGCAGGCGACGCGACUCGUGUGUUGGUGACGCCACCAAGAUCAACAUGAUGCUUCCAACUGGUUCUUCUGCAGCUUCAGCUAUCUCUAGACGCGGCGCAUUUGCGUUGCAGCGAGCGACCACGGCGGCAACUUUCGACACUCAAAAACAGAUGGUUGAUCAAGCCGUUUCAGGAUCAAUCUUGGAUCAUCCCUCGGUCCUGGGAAACCCAAGCAGCGACCUCCCAGGAUCGAAAGCUGCUACUUUUCUCGCUAAUUUUUUUGGAGGAUCCUCAGACCAGAGUGGAGCGAUUGGAGCUACCUUCGAUUUUUAAGGUCGAGACCAAAAGCGUAAUAUCCAAGCAUGUAGUUCGUGUUGAUCGUCCUGAUAUUUCGAUCUACUUAACUCGUUUCGUGUAAUUCUAAUUCUUUACAGAUCUCAUUAUUUUCGCGCUCGUAUCAAUCAUUCAAGCUUUAAUUCCUGAGGACGUCGAGGGGCCGAUCUGGCGAAGCUGAAGACGUGUCUGACUCAGAACCGAAGCCUCGUUUUCCGAAGCGCGGAAGGGUUUCGAGCAAUCGUACUCGAAGUACUGGGUUCAAUACAUUAGGAGACACUAGUACCACACGAAUAGAGCUGCCGGCGUUGACAAGGGAGCACAGUGGAGGUCGCAGUAAUUCUCGGGAGAUUAUACCAACAAUUACUGCAACGAAGCUAAGCAACAUAGACGAAGAUGUGAAAGGCGAAGCAGAGGCUUCACCUUCGAAAAAUCCUAAUCCAGUUCAACGAGAUGGGGAAUCACAAACAAAAAGCAUGCCGGUCGGCCACGCGAAGCGACAAAGUUUUGCGCGGCGGGCCGCGAGCUUUCCUGUAGCUCGUCCGGACCUCGACCCGUCCGACGAAGAAAACAAUAGCCCGAAAGCCGAGGCAGUUCGGUGGAGUGAGGAGCAGCUGGAAGCCAUGUCUGGUGCCGCUCCAAACGGGUCCGCCGCAGCAGCAGCGGCGAAGGGGGAUGGCACCAGCACCACAGGCAUGCCUCACAUUCCUUCAGCGUCGACCACGGCUCCCGCAGCAGACGCGUCAGGAGCCUCCUCUUCAGCGUCUUCGACGCGAAGAGGUGUUGCCAACCAGGAUGGCGAAGAGGUGCAGGAUCGCGAGGAGGUGCUGCCAACCAGCGGGAAUCCAUCGACAGCGGCACAUGAGAUCAUUGAUCUUAUAGAGGGAUCGCCUAGAGGAUCCCAGAUCUUGUCGUCCGAAACUUCGUUGCAGCAGGAGCACCAGCGCGCUCCAGCUGAAAUUGAAGAGCUCCAGCGGAUGCUGCAUGCAAGGGCGAGCCCACUUUGGCAGUCACCGCAUCUCUGGAACGCAGUGAAGUACCUGAGUGGCAUCCUCGUAGUCUUCCAGACAACUUUCACCAGCAAACGAUGGGUUUGGGCUCUCAUCUCCUUGAGCUCUACGGGUUACAUGCUGACCUGGGACAUUCUCAUGGACUGGAACUUGCUGUGGAAUCCUAUACCGUACUUUAAAAGGCAGUUGCGGCGACUUCCCAAGUUCUUGCUCACUAAGCUCUUUCCAAAGGAGCUGACUAAAAUGUCCUGGCGAGCAGCCAAAUCUGUGCGCAGCCUCGGACGUCGCAUGCGCUCGGUCGUCUUCAAAACGACUCGCAAAAGCGGGCCAGAAAAUGAUAAGCGAUCGGCGCUGCCUUCGGCAGAUGUAGACGACCAUGACUCCAAAGGUAUUAGUGCAGACGCAGAAAAGAGGAUGUCGAAGAACGACAACGUGCAGAUCCAUGAGAAGCAGACUAAAAGGACCGCUCAUUUUAGCUCCUCUGACGAGGGAAACAUUUUCGGCUCCACCAAGGAUUCCCGAACAAAGCAAGACUCUGCAGCAACAGGAGCUGGCGCGGGAAUUGUAGUAUCAAAGGAGCAUGCUCUGUAUGGAAACUUUAAAGAGAGUCGUGAGACGCCAUUACUCUCCGAGAUUCGCGAAGUUUCGUUUGCAGAAGCACAACCGGAGCCCACAUCCGUGUCCAGCACAACAUCAACAAAUGAUAAUGAUAGGAGAGAAAAGUUCAAAAAAUUUUCAAUGACAACUACUUUUUCCGACACGGACGAUGAGGACGAGCUCGCAGCGCGUGUGAAACACAUCACUAGCACGUCAGUUUCAGUUUUCAAGGUGCAACGAAAGACGGGCGGCGCUGCUUUUCUUCGCGCACGUGGAGCCGGGUCACAGGACCCUAUUACCUCCUCAGAACCGCGUCUUAGUGGAGAAGGCACUACGAAGCAGGAUGAGAACAAGAGUCCCAAGGGUCAGGAAGUAAACAACAAGCGAGCUGGUAGUAUGGAGGCUGCGAUGAAUGUUUCUCCAAAGAGUGAAGUAGUCAUCGGAAGUGGCGCAUCAACGACUACAUCGAAGUCGAAAGUGGGCUUCAACAACACAGCUUCAGCCUCAGGUGAAGCAAGUGAUAGCACUCCACCUAGUCCUAGUACGGGCACGAAAGUAGUGCCUUCUCAGGGUCCCCCGGAUGCAGAUGAGCAAGAUGACGUAGGAGACACGACAAGUGGUACUCUAGUCCGAGACAGAAAGGUCUUAGGAGACGACGACGGAAAGGAGCAAGUGGAGCAUGCCGGAUCAUCCAACCAAAAUGAGCUUAAACAGCUGAAACGGUCUGGGUCCUCUAACGGUCAGCACGGCCCAAUGGCUUCCUAUCAGCAGCUCCUAGAAGCCGACAGCGGCACGUUCGACCGAAGUUACGGCACGCCCGUCGACGAAUCCGUUGCACCUGGCCGCCAGAAGAUGCUCCCUGACUACUUCUACAUCAUCGUGCCCAUACUCAACUUCUUCUUGCGUUUCACGUGGAUUCUGACGAUCAUCCCGACGCCUCGGUUUUUCCUCUGUGGUGACGAGAAGGAUGAAGCGUCGCUGUGUCCGGCAGCCCUGAGCUCCAACCUGAUAGUGUUUCUAGCAGCCGCCGGUGAAAUCUACCGACGUGGCCAAUGGGCGCUUCUUCGACUGGAAAACGAACACUUGACCAACGCCUCGAAAUUCCGCGCUUUCUGUUGGGUACCACCAAUGUAUCAAGCCGAUGCGACUGGUGAGAAGUAGUACUAGCUACAUGAUCUUCUCUAGCUCGACUCAUCUGGAGUACUUCUUAGUCUUUAUCAAUAACAUACACUGGUGAAAGAUAGGCUUACUACUACGACACACUUAAUAUUCUAGUUUUAACAAAAACAAGGAGAAGAAUAGACUUUAGUGUCAGUCUACUUUCGUCCUUCUGAAUUUUCACAAUCACGUAUGAACGAACCCGAACAUCAUUCUUCCCCAUCGUGAAUCCCGAAAGCAGAAAGCUCGUGCAUUACCCUACAGUACGACCACAAUAUUAUCACGCACCUCCUAGUUUCAACUAUAAGUAGUCGAAAAAUACAGCCAUGUAUAGACACUGUUGUUGUAUAGUUUGAUAACGCCAUCGUGUCCUCACUAUUCCUUUUGCCUUUCCACUUGCCAUUGCCCAAAAGAUUGUUAUUGUUCUUCGCAGCACGAGCGCCCAAUUGAUUUUGAUUAUCGCCCUGUGAAAUUGCAUCCUCAGCAGCGAAUAUGUUGUAUGUUGAACAGAAACACCCUCAAGAUCUCUGAGUGAAGAUAGUGUAUGUCUGGUACAAGUGUCAGCUAUAUGUCAGGACCGAGCGAUUCUAAUACAAGUUUAGCUUUUCAAAGAAUAACUGAGUCACAAUUUUACAAGAUAUCAACAGAAUCCUUUUUGAUGUCGCAGACUUUGCAUAGUAUCCGAACAGCACCCCGAGGUCGUGACCGAGAAAGAAUCCAACUUCUCGCGCGAGCGCUCCAAGAUAGCCCGGG